GACUGUCAGCAGUUGUUGGGGACCCUGCUGACCGGAGAAGAAAAGCAGCGGGUGCUCCUAGAGGCUAGAAAGGCAGUCCGGGGCAAUGAUGGACGCCCCACUCAGUUGCCUAAUGAAGUCAAUGCUGCUUUUCCCCUUGAACGCCCCGGUUGGGAUUACACCACUACAGAAGGUAGGAACCACCUAGUCCUCUAUCGCCAGUUGCUCUUAGCGGGUCUCCAGAACGCGGGCAGAAGUCCCACCAAUUUGGCCAAGGUAAAAGGGAUAACCCAGGGACCUAAUGAGUCUCCCUCAGCCUUUUUAGAGAGACUCAAAGAGGCCUAUCGCAGGUACACUCCUUAUGACCCUGAGGACCCAGGGCAAGAAACCAAUGUGUCUAUGUCAUUCAUCUGGCAGUCUGCCCCGGAUAUCGGGCGAAAGUUAGAGCGGUUAGAAGAUUUAAAGAGCAAGACCUUAGGAGACUUAGUGAGGGAAGCUGAAAAGAUCUUUAAUAAGCGAGAAACCCCGGAAGAAAGAGAGGAACGUAUCAAGAGAGAAACAGAGGAAAAAGAAGAACGCCGUAGGGCAGAGGAUGAGCAGAGAGAGAAAGAAAGGGACCGCAGAAGACAUAGAGAGAUGAGCAAGCUCUUGGCCACUGUAGUUAUUGGUCAGAGACAGGAUAGACAGGGGGGAGAGCGGAGGAGGCCCCAACUUGAUAAGGACCAAUGCGCCUACUGCAAAGAAAAGGGACACUGGGCUAAGGACUGCCCAAAGAAGCCACGAGGGCCCCGAGGACUGAGGCCCCAGACCUCCCUCCUAACCUUAGGUGACUAGGGAGGUCAGGGUCAGGAGCCCCCCCCUGAACCCAGGAUAACCCUCAAAGUCGGGGGGCAACCCGUCACCUUCCUGGUAGAUACUGGGGCCCAACACUCCGUGCUGACCCAAAAUCCUGGACCCCUAAGUGACAAGGCUGCCUGGGUCCAAGGGGCUACUGGAGGAAAGCGGUAUCGCUGGACCACGGAUCGCAAAGUACAUCUAGCUACCGGUAAGGUCACCCACUCUUUCCUCCAUGUACCAGACUGCCCCUAUCCUCUGCUAGGAAGAGACUUGCUGACUAAACUAAAAGCCCAAAUCCACUUCGAGGGAUCAGGAGCUCAGGUUAUGGGACCAAUGGGACUGCCCCUGCAAGUGCUGACCCUAAACAUAGAAGAUGAGUAUCGGCUACAUGAGACCUCAAAAGAGCCGGAUGUUUCUCUAGGGUCCACCUGGCUUUCUGAUUUUCCCCAGGUCUGGGCGGAAACCGGGGGCAUGGGACUGGCAGUUCGCCAAGCUCCUCUGAUCAUACCUCUGAAGGCAACCUCUACCCCCGUGUCCAUAAAACAAUACCCCAUGUCACAAGAAGCCAGACUGGGGAUCAAGCCCCACAUACAGAGACUGUUGGACCAGGGAAUACUGGUACCCUGCCAGUCCCCCUGGAACACGCCCCUGCUACCCGUUAAGAAACCAGGGACUAAUGAUUAUAGGCCUGUCCAGGAUCUGAGAGAAGUCAACAAGCGGGUGGAAGACAUCCACCCCACCGUGCCCAACCCUUACAACCUCUUGAGCGGGCUCCCACCGUCCCACCAGUGGUACACUGUGCUUGAUUUAAAGGAUGCCUUUUUCUGCCUGAGACUCCACCCCACCAGUCAGCCUCUCUUCGCCUUUGAGUGGAGAGAUCCAGAGAUGGGAAUCUCAGGACAAUUGACCUGGACCAGACUCCCACAGGGUUUCAAAAACAGUCCCACCCUGUUUGAUGAGGCACUGCACAGAGACCUAGCAGACUUCCGGAUCCAGCACCCAGACUUGAUCCUGCUACAGUACGUGGAUGACUUACUGCUGGCCGCCACUUCUGAGCUCGACUGCCAACAAGAGCCUCACCAUGACUGCCUCGAGAUCUUGGCCGAGACACACGGAACCAGACCAGACCUCACGGACCAGCCCCUCCCAGACGCCGACCACACCUGGUAUACAGAUGGAAGCAGCUUCCUGCAAGAGGGACAACGUAGGGCUGGAGCAGCGGUGACCACCGAGACCGAGGUAAUCUGGGCCAAGGCGUUGCCAGCCGGGACAUCCGCCCAGCGAGCUGAACUAAUAGCACUCACCCAGGCCCUAAAGAUGGCAGAAGCUCACUUACAGGCCCUCCAAGCAGUACAACGAGAGGUCUGGAAGCCACUGGCCGCUGCCUAUCAGGACCAGCUGGACCAGCCAGUGAUACCACACCCCUUCCGUGUCGGCGACACCGUGUGGGUACGCCGGCACCAGACUAAGAACUUGGAACCUCGCUGGAAAGGACCCUACACCGUCCUGCUGACCACCCCCACCGCUCUCAAAGUAGACGGCAUCGCUGCGUGGAUCCACGCCGCUCACGUAAAAGCGGCGACAACCCCUCCGGCCGGAACAGCAUCAGGACCGACAUGGAAGGUCCAGCGUUCUCAAAACCCCUUAAAGAUAAGAUUAACCCGUGGGGCCCCCUAAUAAUCCUGGGGAUCUUAAUAAGGGCAGGAGUAUCAGUACAACAUGACAGCCCUCAUCAGGUCUUCAAUGUUACUUGGAGAGUUACCAACUUAAUGACAGGACAAACAGCUAAUGCUACCUCCCUCCUGGGGACAAUGACCGAUGCCUUUCCUAAACUGUACUUUGACUUGUGCGAUUUAAUAGGGGACGACUGGGAUGAGACUGGACUCGGGUGUCGCACUCCCGGGGGAAGAAAAAGGGCAAGAACAUUUGACUUCUAUGUUUGCCCCGGGCAUACUGUACCAACAGGGUGUGGAGGGCCGAGAGAGGGCUACUGUGGCAAAUGGGGCUGUGAGACCACUGGACAGGCAUACUGGAAGCCAUCAUCAUCAUGGGACCUAAUUUCCCUUAAGCGAGGAAACACCCCUCGGAAUCAGGGCCCCUGUUAUGAUUCCUCAGCGGUCUCCAGUGACAUCAAGGGCGCCACACCGGGGGGUCGAUGCAAUCCCCUAGUCCUGGAAUUCACUGACGCGGGCAAAAAGGCCAGCUGGGAUGGCCCCAAAGUAUGGGGACUAAGACUGUACCGAUCCACAGGGACCGACCCGGUGACCCGGUUCUCUUUGACCCGCCAGGUCCUCAAUAUAGGGCCCCGCGUCCCCAUUGGGCCUAAUCCCGUGAUCACUGACCAGUUACCCCCCUCCCGACCCGUGCAGAUCAUGCUCCCCAGGCCUCCUCAGCCUCCUCCUCCAGGCGCAGCCUCUAUAGUCCCUGAGACUGCCCCACCUUCUCAACAACCUGGGACGGGAGACAGGCUGCUAAACCUGGUAGAUGGAGCCUACCAAGCUCUCAACCUCACCAGUCCUGACAAAACCCAAGAGUGCUGGUUGUGUCUGGUAGCGGGACCCCCCUACUACGAAGGGGUUGCCGUCCUAGGUACUUAUUCCAACCAUACCUCUGCCCCAGCUAACUGCUCCGUGGCCUCCCAACACAAGCUGACCCUGUCCGAAGUGACCGGACAGGGACUCUGCGUAGGAGCAGUUCCCAAAACCCAUCAGGCCCUGUGUAAUACCACCCAGAAGACGAGCGACGGGUCCUACUAUCUGGCUGCUCCCGCCGGGACCAUUUGGGCUUGCAACACCGGGCUCACUCCCUGCCUAUCUACCACUGUACUCGACCUCACCACCGAUUACUGUGUCCUGGUUGAGCUCUGGCCAAAGGUGACCUACCACUCCCCUGGUUAUGUUUAUGGCCAGUUUGAGAGAAAAACCAAAUAUAAAAGAGAGCCGGUGUCAUUAACUCUGGCCCUGCUGUUGGGAGGACUUACUAUGGGCGGCAUAGCUGCAGGAGUAGGAACCGGGACUACAGCCCUAGUGGCCACCAAACAAUUCGAGCAGCUCCAGGCAGCCAUACAUACAGACCUUGGGGCUUUAGAAAAGUCAGUCAGUGCCCUAGAAAAGUCUCUGACCUCGUUGUCUGAGGUGGUCCUACAGAACCGGAGGGGAUUAGAUCUACUGUUCCUAAAAGAAGGAGGAUUAUGUGCUGCCCUAAAAGAAGAAUGCUGUUUCUACGCGGACCACACUGGCGUAGUAAGAGAUAGCAUGGCAAAGCUAAGAGAAAGGUUGAACCAGAGACAAAAAUUGUUCGAAUCAGGACAAGGGUGGUUUGAGGGACUGUUUAACAGGUCCCCAUGGUUCACGACCUUAAUAUCCACCAUUAUGGGCCCCUUGAUAAUACUUUUAUUAAUCCUACUCUUCGGACCCUGUAUUCUCAACCGCUUGGUCCAGUUUGUAAAAGACAGAAUUUCGGUAGUGCAGGCCCUGGUUUUGACCCAACAGUAUCACCAACUCAAAUCAAUAGAUCCAGAAGAAGUGGAAUCACGUGAAUAA